AUGCGUAUCUUAUCGCGAUCACCACCGGUGUCAACAACAUCGAUAUCUCACUUGGAGAGUAAUAGUGAACGAAGUUUUCAUACGAAUACAUCAUCAGUAGUUCAACCUGCCGUCGUACCGAAAUAUUUCAACAUUCCCUUCGCGAUACGUCAUGGUUAUUUUCGUUGUGUACGAUACUUAUUAGAACUUUCCUAUGACCCAAACGAACGAGACAACCAAUUUCAUACAUCGUUAAUUCUAUGUGCGUAUAUUGAGAAUGAUCGAUGGAGUCUAUCACUUGCCCAAAACUUGUUGGAAAAACGAGCGAAAAUCGCACUGGCAGAUAAUGCGAGACGCAAUGCUAUGCAUCAUGCUUGUGCUCUGCAACGAAUACAUCUUGUUCAACUCUAUCUAUCCUGCCUAGAAUUCGACAUACAAUCACAAGAUUGUGAUGGAAAUACUUAUUUACACUAUGCCGCUGUUACUGGAAACUGUGAAAUUGCUGAAUUACUGGUGAGAAUAGCAGACAAGAUGAACGUUCGACUUGAUCAAUAUGUUAACCGAGAAGGUUGUUCGGCAGCUGUUCUUGCUCUUAGGUAUGGUCAUAUAGAAUGUGCUAAUCAAAUCACGCAUCGUAAUUGGGAUGAAUUUUUUGUCAUACCACGUCCUCUUUCAGUCUAUGAAAAUUCACAAAUAAAUGAGGAUAAUAAUAAUAAUAAUAGCGAUCAAAGCCAUAAUCCAGUAAUUGCAGGGAAACAGAAAAAUAAAAGUCGAACGAAUUUACGUCCUUCGGCGCCGUCAUUUGGACUAUUAAAAAUUGUUUUUAAUGAAACUGACACAACCUACACUCAAUUAGCAAACCUUUGUCAUAGAGAUAAACAAAAUCAACAGCGACGUGCACGAAAACAACAUUCCGACCAAGACAAAUCAAUUAUGUCGAAUGGAACACAACGUUCAAGUGUAGAAACGAUUACUACGGAGUUCAGUCCGCGUAAAAAACGUGAUCAACGUCGAUUAUCCGCUAAUGCAAAUGAGAAAACGAACGAUCAUACUAGUGGACUACCGCCACGUAGACCAUCAUCGGUACACAAACGUCGUACUAGUAAAACCACGCAACUUUCUCAUGAAAAACUACUCACUCGUAUGAAGGCACCGAUAAUUCAUAUUCAAGAUUUCGAUGCAUCUGCUAGUUCUGAAUCGAUUACAAUUCUACCUGAUUACGACUCUUCUCAAGUACAGACUAAUAUCGAACGUCCUCAAACGGCUCUUCUCGCUCGGUAUAAAACAUCAAACGAUGUUUCGGAUGAGUCAUCUCGUCUCUUCACACGAAAGACACAGCCGACUUCAGUUCAUAAAAAGGCUAAGAAAAAAUCCACGAUGAUCAGUCGCCCAAAAUCAGCUUCAUCGGCUACGAAACCUCAACAUUCCAAUUUAACCUUUGAAUCGUCGAUCUAUUCGAAAACUCUAUAUUCCGGUCGUCCAUUGUCUGCAGCUCUCCAAAAUCAUCACUGUCGAAGUCCAGUUCAGCAAAUAGUCGAUCCAUCCUGUUCAAUCCGCGAAGUUAGAGGUGUAGCAGCUGCCAGUCGAUACAACAACCCAAUCGAAUUAUUUGGCAUAAAGCCCGAAGAUCUUUUCGGUACACCAGAUAGUUCAUCGAAAUGCAACACUCACCGUGAUACGCUAUUAAAAGAUCCUACUAUUCAGCAAAAAUAUGUAUAUCAACAAGAUGUUGAUAAAUUGGUGAAUUUACAUGCUAUUCAACAUACGCCUAGCUAUCGGCCAUCGGUUAUCCAUCCAGUCAAGCAGACAGUCACGAAACCGUCAACGAAGCCCAAUCGAAGAAUCUCGACAUCUAAAUGUUCAACAAACAGUUCGCGAGCAUCGACAACAAUCAAACAAUCAACAUUGGCCGCACUGAAUAUUACUCGACGAUUUACCGAACUACGACGACCAACAUUACAAAUCGUUCAUACAUGA